AAACAAGGACAAAGAAUCAAAGUAUCAUAAAAUUGCCAUAUAACAGAAAAAUAAAAUAACAGUAUGCUUUUAUUCAGCCUAAAUUUUUAAAAACACUCUGUAAAAAGAAUUGUACCAGUUCCUAGUCAUCAUGGCUUCAGUACCAUCAGGAUCUAACACGUCCGUCCAAGAAUUUUCCAUAAGGGUACCGAAAAACGGCCAGAGAAAGUACCACGUAAUGAGAUUCAACGGUACGUUGGGCGUCGAUUUUGGAAAAUGGACUCACGUGAAAAUGGAAAGGGAGAACAACAUGAAAGAGUUCAAGGGGAUCGAAGAGGAACAGCCAAAGUUUGGAGCGGGAUCCGAGUUCGGUAGGGAGGCUAAAGAGGAAGCUAGACGCAAAAAACUGGGUAUUGUAGCUAAAAAGUAUAGACCCGAUGAUCAGCCUUGGAUUUUAAAAAGUCACGGAAGCACAGUGAAGAAAUUCAAAGGAAUCAGGGAAGGGGGUGUCUCAGAAAACACAGCAUAUUAUGUUUUCACGCAUGCAGAAGAUGGAGGUAUUGAAGCAUUUCCUUUACACGAAUGGUACAAGUUCCAGCCCAUACAGAGAUACAAAUCUUUAUCAGCAGAAGAGGCAGAAUUGGAGUUCAAUAAAAGAAACAAGCAUUUAAAUUUCUUUUCACUUAUGUUGAGGAAGAGACUGAAAGGUGAAGACGACACAGAACUAGAUGAAGAAGGUGAAAAAAGCAAGAAAACUUCAAAAAAAGACAAAGAAUUGAAGAUAUCCGAUAUGGACGAGUGGAUCAACAGUUCGGAAGGCGACUCGGACUCAGAAACGGAAGAAAAAGCCGAGGAAGAAGAGGAAGACAAAAAGAAGAAGAAAGGCAAAAGUAUUGCGAAGAAGCCCAAGAAGAAAAGAGAUACAGACGUGGAGGCUCUGGAAGAUUCAGACGAUGGUGACGAAGAAGGCAGGGAGAUGGACUAUAUAAGUGACAGUUCUGACAGCGAGCCGGAAAACGUCAAUUUGGACGGGGUGGCCGAAGAAAAAGGCUUGAAAAAGCUGCUCAAUUCGGACGAGGAAGAGUCGGAAGACUCCGACAAGGAAGACAAGGAUAAAAGUAACGAGGACGAGGAGAAAGAAGAGAAUGAGGGUGAGAAGAAGCCUGAAGAAGAGAAGGAUAAGAAGAAAAAGAAGAAAGACAAAAAGAAGGACAAUAACAAAAAGAAAAAGGAAAACGAUCUCGAUAACAAUUUCAGCUCAGACAGUUCUACGGACGAAGAUGCAAAGGCGAAGAAAGGCGACAAAAAGGAAAAAGGUAAAAAAGAAGAAAAACCUGAACCAGAGAGCGAGAAUAGCAGCAGGUCAGCUACACCGACAAUUGACAACAAGAGGAAAAUUGUGAACGACGCUUUAGCAGGCCCCAGCAAAAAAACUAAGUUAGAUCUACCCAACUUCAUACCAGGUUUGGCAGAGUCUGGUAUAACUGAAGAUGCUGUAAGGAAGUAUCUCAUGAGAAAGCCAAUGACAACUACAGAACUACUCCAAAAAUUCAAAUCAAAGAAAACUGGACUGUCUAGCGAACAACUGGUCAACAUAAUGACGCAGAUCCUGAAGAAAAUCAAUCCUAUCAAGCAAACUUUGAAGGGCAAGAUGUAUCUUUCUAUUAAGCCUACUUAAUUGUUAUUUAUAUCUUUAUACCUAAGUAUCCAUAUAUACAUUAAACUUAUUUUGUUAAA